AUGGGGCAACAUUUUCAGCCCCAAACACUCCGGCUCAGACUGAGUCCAGAUUGUCCAAACAAUAUCUCCAAAAGGCAGGUUAAAAGUGGAGGCAUAACAAUUUCGAUCGGCCAACCAGGAAAAUCCUCCACCACCUCAGGUAAAGGGGUAAAAGUUGGAGAAAAGCAAACUCCCAAGCAAAAUGUAAGCCGUGCAAUAUGCACAUAUGAGAUGACCCCACCUUCUCCCAACAGAAGGAGAUCCCAUAAUGAGGGAGGCAUACCACUCAAGUGUAGAACAAAAGGAAGAAGAAGAACAGGAUCAUAUGGUGGGUUAUCUGGUGUUUUGCUUUUUAAUGGCUUCAUAACCAAAACUUCUCUCUUGAUAGCUCUCUCUCUCUUCUUCAGUCCACGAGCGCUGUCAUCUGAUUUGGAUAACAGUUCCAAGCGACUAGAAGCAAAGGCAAAGAUAUACCACUCCACACAUAAGACUGCAUACACAAAUAUAUCCUCAAGUAGCUUAAAAGAAUAUUGCGCACCUGACAAUACAUUAGGAGUAUCAUUCUCAGAGGAACUAGAACUGCUCAUUAACCCUUCUUUCCUCUUCGAUAAUGGUGAAACUCGCAGGCCGAGUGAGAGAAACACCUCAGGCCAUAGCUUGACAUAG